AUGCGUUGUGCUCGUGGCUAUAUUUGCUCAUCGGGUAAUAUCUGCUGUCCAUCAUACGAUUAUGGGAUAAUAAUGACCAGUACUACUAAUCCAAUGAAGAAUCCAUUUCUUUGCACAGAUGGAACCCAAGCAGCAGGAGCUUGUAUUCUUGGCCAAUGUGGCCAACCAUUUAAAUGCAUGAACGGUUUAUGCUGUAAUGUAACAAAUAAUACACCACGAUGUCUUGAUGGUACACCAUCUGUUGGUGCAUGUGUAUUUGGACAAUGUGGUGGAGAUUUUGUUUGUACCGCCGGGAAUAUAUGCUGUUCAGCAAGCUCUAUCGGAAUGUGUCCAAAUAAUGCCGCAUCAAUUGGUACUUGUAUCAAUGGCUUAUGUCCAACUGGUUAUACAUGUAUAAAUGGUCAAUGUUGUCCACAAACAAGCAAUACAACUUUCCGUUGCUCUAAUCCUAAUUAUGCUCUUGGACCAUGUGUUGCUGGCCGAUGUCCAGAUGAUGGUUUUCAAUGUGAUACGACGAUAAAUUCUUGUUGUCCGUUAAUAGAUCCUGUUGGUCCAUGCAUCGAACCAGAUGACCAAUGUCCACCUGGUAAUAGAUGUUUUAAAGAAGGUGCAAGUCCACAAUGUUAUAAGGAAUGUGGUAAUCGCGGAACGAUAUCUGGUUCUCCGAUUGAUGGAGCAUGUCCAACAGGAACCACUUUGAUUUUUGGUUACUGCUGUAUCUUAAAAGCACGAUUGUAUAAUCCAAUACAAGCAUCGUUCUUUCCUGAACGGCAUACCGAUCACUAUUCAUGGCCUAUUGCUUCCGGAAUUAGAUCAUGUCCGGAUAAUACCGAAGCUGUAAGUGCCUGUAUAAAUGGUCAAUGUGGAUACGGUUAUCAAUGUUACAACAAUGUUUGCUGUCCUCCGCAAUACACCAAUUUUAUGCUUCCAUUUUCAUCAACAUUAAGACCAAUAGGUGGUUCAUGUGAAUUUACGCAGCAAUGUAUGAGUUCCAUGGAAGGUUUAUCAAUUUGUGAAUUAGGUAUCUGCAGGUGUUUGCCAGGUGCACAAGUCAAUGGAUUUUCAUGUAUUAGACGUUUCAGUAUACCACUGAACGAUGCAGGACAAUCAUCCGUAAAUGGUACUUCAAUAAAUGAGCCUGACAUUGUAGUAGCUGAUAACUGA